CGAGAACCCCGCUUUAAAAAGAGUUGGCGCCCACUUUGGAAAAGAGUGACCGUAACGCAUUCUUUGCGAUUCAAGGCAAUUCACCACCUCGCCCAACGGUCACACUCGCGAAUCCAGAAGAGAAGAGGAAGCAGAGCUCGCAGCAAGCAAGAAAACCACCACCCGAGGAUUAACGGACAGGAGCCUGCCCUUCGGCAGCAACAGCCAUCGCAAUCUACACACAUGGAACCCAUCGACAUAGUGCGCCUGGAGGAGGCCGUCGUCUCCUUCUACCGCUCCAACUCGCAGAACCAGGCGAUCACCCACGAAUGGCUGACGGACGCAGAGGCUAGUCCGCAGGCCUGGCAGUUUUCCUGGCAGCUAAUGCAGCUCGGCAAGAGUCAGGAGGUGCAGUUCUUCGGCGCCAUCACACUGCACUCGAAGCUGAUGAAGCACUGGCACGAAGUGCCGCCCGAGAAUCGCGAGGAGCUCAAGCAGAAGAUCCUCGAGUCCAUCGUUCGCUUUGCCGGCGGCCCGAAGAUCGUCCUCAAUCGUCUGUGCAUCUCGCUGGGCGCCUACAUAGUCCACAUGCUGGGCGAAUGGCCAGGCGCCAUCGAGGAGGUGAUCAACACGUUCCAAAAUCAGCGGAUGCCCAAUGUCAGCGCCGAUGUGCAGCUGUGGAUCAUGCUGGAGGUGCUGCAGGCCAUUCCCGAGGAGGCCCAGGUCAUCCAUACCUCUGUUAAGAGGGUGACGCUGCGCGCCGAGAUCGGCAAGCGAGUGCCACUGGUGCUCCAGACGGCCGAGCGGUAUCUUAAGCUUCAGAUGAACCGUGUUUGGGACGCCGAAGCAUACAGCAAUAUGAAUAGGGCUGUCAAGUGCGUGGGCACCUGGAUUAAAAACAUCGGCUAUUCCAUUGAGGGCUGCGUCACCAUCACCGCCGUGCUCCUGGAAGUGGUGCACAAGUGCUACUGGCCCUGCAUUCAUGCCGGCGAUGGCUGCAUGACCGCCGACGAGAACGAGUUGGCCGAAUCGUGUCUAAAGACCCUUGUAAACAUCAUAAUUCAGCCAGACUGUCACAACUAUCCGAAGACCGCGUUUGUGCUCAUCAAGAUGUUCCUGGACUCGCUGGCUGAAAUAACCAAGACGGAGUGGAAGAGGGAGAAUGACAACGAGGACAUCAUCGUGCACAUCUACAUGCUGUUUGUGUCGUCCGUAGAGCGGCACUCUACGUUGUUGCUAAGCGGAAUUACAUCAUCGGAUCCGGAACUAUCUGUGCUGGUGCAUCGCAUUGUGCAGGAGAUACUCCACUGCACCGACAAGCCGGGCAUCUAUCCGGUGGAGGAAUCCUGCAGCACCAUGGCUCUGGCCUUCUGGUAUAUGCUGCAGGACGAAGUUUUCGCCAUGCAAAACGAUGAGCAGAAGCACAAGUGUUGGGAGUACAUUAAACCACUGUACGCCCACCUGACCAGAAUUCUGGUCAGGAAGUCGGAGCAGCCAGAUGAGAAGUCCCUUGCCAAAUGGAACUCUGAUGAUUUGGAGUGCUUCAGAUGCUACAGGCAGGAUAUAUCAGAUACCUUUAUGUACUGCUAUGAUGUCUUGAACGAUUACAUCCUAGAAAUCCUAGCCGCCAUGCUGGACGAGGCCAUUGCUGAUCUGCAAAGGCAUCCGACUCACUGGACGAAGCUGGAGGCGUGCAUCUAUUCCUUCCAGUCGGUGGCCGAACACUUUGGUGGCGAGGAGUCGCGCCAGAUACCCAGGCUAAUGCGAGUCCUGGCCGAGAUUCCCUACGAGAAGCUCAACGUCAAGCUACUCGGCACCGCUCUAGAAACAAUUGGCUCCUAUUGCAAUUGGCUGAUGGAGAAUCCCGCUUACAUUCCGCCAGCGAUCAAUCUGCUGGUGCGCGGCCUAAACUCCUCGAUGUCCGCCCAAGCCACGCUUGGCUUGAAGGAGUUGUGCCGCGAUUGUCAGUUGCAACUGAAGCCGUACGCGGAUCCGUUGUUAAACGCAUGCCAUGCCUCCCUCAAUACGGGACGCAUGAAGAACUCUGACUCGGUGCGGCUCAUGUUUAGCAUCGGCAAGCUGAUGAGCCUGUUGCAGCCGGAGGAAAUACCCAAAUAUUUGGACAUCAUCGUGAGUCCGUGUUUCGAGGAGCUACAGGCCAUUUGCCAAGCAGAGUCGAAAACUCCCGCCGCUCGGAUUCGAACCAUUUUCCGUCUGAAUAUGAUCUCCACCCUUUUCUCUUCGCUGAACACUGAUGUGGAUGAUGAGACCAAGGCUCUACCCAUUGUGCAGCCAGUUCUUCUCGUCAUGCAGCGAACAAUGCCCAUCUUUAAGAGAAUCGCUGAGAUGUGGGUGGAGGAAAUUGAUGUCCUAGAGGCCGCUUGCAGCGCCAUGAAGCAUGCAAUCAUGAAUCUGAGGAGCAGCUUCCAGCCGAUGCUGCAGGAUCUUUGCCUCUUUAUUGUGGCCAGCUUCCAGACCCGUUGCUGUGCACCCACUCUAGAGAUAUCAAAAACGGCCAUUGUCAUGUUCUUCAAGGACGAGGGCUGCAAGCCGCUGAUGCAGCAGCUUCUGAGGGAGUUCAUACAGCACAGCUUCAAGCUCUUUGAGAGCACUCCCGAGCAGAACUUCUCCAAUAUAUCGGACACCAUGGAGACUUUCUUCGGCUGUCUGUCGCAGAUUGUCAAGAAGAUCCCACAAGUCUUGGAGGACAAGACACUGGCCUACGAUCGACUGGUGUUCUACGCCCAGCGGGGCAUGACCCUGCCGGAAAGUGGAGCCAUCCGGAACAGCAUCCAGUUCCUCGCCCACUUCGUAAUGCAGUCGCGCAACCAUCCGCAUGUCACCGAAGUCAUACUGGCAACCGGGGAACAGACCCUCUACACGGCGAUGAUGUGCGUGGGUUAUCUAACGCCGCGAUCGCAGGUGGACAAGUUUGCCGACAUCCUGCUGGCCAUGAACAAGAAAUAUCCCGCUGAGAUGGCCGUCUGGAUGAAGACGCUGAUGGCAACACCCAAUUUCCCCACCCAGCUCAUAACCGAAGCGGAUAAAACUCGUUACACGGCCCUAAUAGUCAAGGAAAAGGUCAACAAGAGGUUGUUGCAACAGCAUCUAUCUGAGAUGGCUAUAAAGACGCGAGGACUCACCGAGAAGUUCCAGUAAAUGAAUUUAUGCAAUAAGUGGCCAAAUGACAUCUCUAUCCAUCCGGAUUCUGAUCUAGUUUCUGUAAUUGUAUUUAAUUUGUAAUUAGGCAGCUCUGUAAAUGUUCCCUCAAUCUUAAGUUUCGCCGCCUGGGGCAUAGGUUCAAAAUCUCUCUCUCGACUUGAUAAACUUUUAUUUAUAAUUUUACAAAAUUACAUGCUCCAUUUACAAUUUGCACAUAUAUUUCUUUAAAGGUGUAUAACUCGUUUUAUUUAUUGUUUUCACUUUUAGUAAAUAUUUUAUAGUUUUUUUUUACAUUUAUAAUUCUUAUAUUGAAAAGUUUGAUUUUCACCGUUUCCUGUAUGAAAAAAUCUGCCUUUCUAAGAAUUACUUUCCCUUUGCCUUUCCACAUUAUUAUUGUUUUGCAAUUUUCCACAUUGUGUAUGUAUCUAUAAUGCCAAAAAUAUGUAAAUACAUCUCUUUAAUAUAUAAUAUAUAUUUGUGUCUAUAGCUAAACUGAA